AGCACUAAUAAUGCAUUGUUGUUUAUUUGCAUAUGUAGAAAAGCGAUGUCAGCGUUUGUUCUGCCCGAAGCAAGCGGUGAAGAUACUGAUGAAAGCAGUGAAGAAGAGAUUUCUGACUUUGAUGAAAACGGAGGGGAUGAUGAUCCUUCGUCGACUUCUAGUAGCCCCAGCACCAACCAAUCAUCAUCGGCUAGUGCCACAGUCGAUAACGCUUCCGAUGAUGAACCGAUUCGACGUUCCAAUCGUCCCUCCUUUCUGCCCCCUUUCUACAAACUUCUACCUCCUCUAGGGCGAGUUGGUUUCAAUUCAACGGAUCCCAAAGGAAUUGUCAUGGAUUUCUUCAAAGACGAGCUCAAUUAUCGGGCUUCUAUUGGCUCAAAAUAUCCCCACCCCUUCUGCUUCUUUACGCCAAAAUCGGGUCUAUCGGAAAUGUCUACUUUCAUGGAGCGACAAAAGCUCCUCUUCUCGCUGAAUAAUUUCACUGCAGUGUCUCAGAAUGAAAUUACAAAUUAUCUCCCGGAGUCAGUUCAUUGUCCCAAGAUGGUGUUCUUAGAGAAUCAGAAGAGAAUGAAAGCCACUCGUUAUCAUUUUAAUGAAGAACGCCAUCUCAUAUAUACCGGUGGCUAUGUAAAGUGUCUUGAUUGGUCACCGCCUUAUAUCGAGGAUACAGGUGACUCCCUGACGUGUAUCCCCAAGUACUUGGCUGUAGCUUCCUAUCCCAAUAAUGGCACACGUGUCACACUUAGUGACCCAAUCAUGAAAGAAUUUGGCCUAAUUCAUAUUUGGGCUUGCAGUGGUUUGGCCCUUACUAAAGAACAAUCCCGACCCGAUGUAAAACCCCACUUCUUCCUGGCCCAUGACUGGGGUUACAUAAUGGACUUGAAGUGGAUUCCAAUUCCCGUCCAGUAUGCGAAGGUAAAUCCACCACCGCCCCUACCGUAUGGACCAGCGACCGGUGGUGAUCAACCCAAACCCUCCUCCAGUGUUUCGCCCUCCUUAGAAUUUCAUCCCACCCAAGUGGAUCAAUUAGUCGGCUGUGUUGUAGGUCAUCUCAUUGCCGCGUGCACUGAUGGAUUUGUUCGCAUUUUACCCAUUCCAUGUCAUGAUAAUCGAAAGCGAAUUGCGCCGGGUGGGAAGUUGGUUAUUCCUACCUCUAUCUCUGCAGACGGCGUGCCACAAAAUAUUUACAAACUGAAACCGAGUGGAGUUCUUCUGUUGGCUCCUGGUGCGGGUAAAGAGAUUCCACCCUGGCUUGGUUGGCCCAAUUUACUCGCUAUACGAACUGGAUUCCCUCAUUAUCUUAUGGUUGCCUACACUAGUGGUCAUUUAGGUAUUUACACAAUUUCCACCUUGGAUUCCUUCGAUUUACGCAUCAAGGACAACCUCUUGCGGCCCACACUUCUUACGCACCGGCAACCGGGACCUUUUUCUUCAAUUGCUCUUCAUCCUCUCCGAGAAAAUUAUGUUAUUGGAUUAGGUAAGGUCGUAAGGUCACGUAAUUUCUUUGUGAUUUGA